AUGUCCGAAUAUAUGGGGCUGAUCGUCGGAUGUUACGAGGCCAAGGAGGGAGGAUUCCGUCCUGGAGGUGGCUCUUUGCAUUCGAUGAUGACACCACAUGGCCCAGACAAGACCUGCUUCGAGAAGGCCUCCAAAGAUGCACUGAAGCCGCAACGUGUAGCAGAAGGAACCAUGAGUCACUGUAACAUGGUGAUCACGGAUAACGCUAAGCAUGAGAACGUCGAUCGUGACUACUACAAAGACUGGCAGCAACUGGAAAAACAUUUCAAAUAUCCUGCGGCACCUCGAGUGAUGCUCUCGCAGUGA